UUUCUUCCGCUGUCCGCCGGUGGCGAGGCCCAGGCUAUCGCGGGGUGUGCAUUGGCGUCGCGGCCAGUAGAGGGAUUCUGGGUAACGGCCCCGGCCGGCUAGGGCUUCUGGCUCGGCGCAGCAGGUUCCACUCACGCCAAGUCAGUUGGCAGUGGCAGUUGUAGGGCCGGGGGCGGUUGUAGGACCCGGGGCAGCCGGACAUGGAGCAACCGUGGCCGCCUCCGGGACCCUGGAGCCUCCCUCGGGCCGAGGGUGAGGCUGAGGAAGAGAGUGACUUGGAUGUGUCCCCCAGUUCUCCCCGCUGCCCGCAGCUGCCGGGCGGCAGCGCCCAGAUGUAUAGCCAUGGAAUUGAAUUGGCUUGCCAAAAGCAGAAAGAGUUUGUGAAGAGCUCUGUAGCGUGCAAGUGGAAUCUCGCUGAAGCUCAACAGAAACUUGGUAGCUUAGCACUGCAUAAUUCUGAGUCCUUGGAUCAGGAGCAUGCCAAAGCACAAACAGCAGUAUCAGAACUGAGGCAACGGGAAGAAGAGUGGCGACAGAAAGAAGAGGCUUUGGUACAAAGAGAGAAGAUGUGUCUGUGGAGCAUGGAUGCCAUUAGCAAGGAUGUUUUUAAUAAGAGUUUUAUUAAUCAAGAUAAAAGAAAAGAAACAGAAGUUGAAGAUAAAUCAGAAUCAUUUAUGCAAAAAUAUGAGCAAAAAAUCAGACAUUUUGGUAUGUUGAGUCGAUGGGAUGAUAGUCAGAGAUUUUUGUCUGACCAUCCAUACCUUGUAUGUGAAGAAACUGCUAAAUAUCUUAUUUUAUGGUGUUUUCACCUAGAAGCUGAGAAGAAAGGGGCUUUAAUGGAACAAAUAGCACAUCAGGCCGUUGUAAUGCAGUUUAUUAUGGAAAUGGCCAAAAACUGUAAUGUGGAUCCAAGAGGGUGUUUUCGUUUAUUUUUCCAGAAAGCCAAAGCAGAGGAAGAAGGUUAUUUUGAAGCAUUCAAAAAUGAACUUGAAGCUUUCAAGUCAAGAGUAAGACUUUAUUCUCAAUCACAAAGUUUUCAACCUAUGGCAGUUCAGAAUCAUGUUCCCCAUUCUGGUGUUGGAUCUAUAGGUUUAUCAGAAUCCUUACCACAGAAUCCAGAUUAUCUUCAGUAUUCUAUCAAUACAGCUCUCUGCAGCUUAAACUCAGUGGUACAUAAAGAAGAUGAUGAACCCAAAAUGAUGGACACUGUAUAAUUUGGUUAAAACUGCUGAGGCCAAGUGCUAUUUUGUUACAAGAAAGGAAGAACUUGGCUAUUUUCUUGACACUUUUAUGGGUGCUGCACUUUAUUUUUGUUUGUUUUUUGAUGGGAGGGAAAGAGUACUGAAACGUUUUGUACAUUUUUUUUAAUGUGCUGCUAGGUUUUUUGUUUUGUUUUGUUCUGAAGAGAGGAGUGGUACCAUAUGUUGCAGGAAGUCAAACUGGACUUUUUGUGGCUACUAAAUUUGCCUUUAAUCUUAUUGUUCUCAAUUUUGGAAUCAAAGUAUGAAAAUCUGCACAAAUGCAAUGUUUACAGGAACUGGUCGAUUCUGGGAGGCAUCUGCUACAGUCUCUUUUUAUAUGGAUAUGUACAUGUCCUAUUCUACAAAAAUGAUUAAAGAUAAAAAUGUACCUGUAUCCCACUGCUAAUUUAGCUGUCAAAUCUGGUGUUUCAUCACAUUAAAAGCAAUAAAUCAGUAGUUGGUAAUCGGCCUUACUAAAGUUGGGGGGUACAAUUAUUAAAAGUCUUAACUCUUAAAUACGUGACUUUCGGCACCAUCAGUUAAAUCCUUGAAUAUAAUACAAAUUUGAUGUGGACAGUGCAUUUACCCUCAAAUGAUUCUCAAAACUGAAUUCCUUAGAAUUUGAUUUUACUCUGCUAACUUUAAGAGUUUUAGUAAUAUCAAAGUGAUGAGCUAAUACAGAUUUUCUUUUUUAAUAAGAAUAACGUCAAGCUCACUCUUAAUUUCUUAACACAGUCUGGGAUCUCUCAGGGAGUAAGUUUUAAAAGAAUACUAAUGAUUUGUAAGAACAAACAGGAAUAAUCUGAUUUUUAAAUUUGAGGUUGUUUCACUCUGAUGUAGCCUUUUAGUUUUUUUGUUUUGGUUUUUUUUUUGUUUGUUUGUUUGUUUGUUUUUUCUUGUAGCCCUUUAAAAAAGGACUCUUAAAAAUGAUUUUUUUAAAAAUGAGAAAUCUUGCAGUGCUAACUGCCUUGAGCUGCCAAUUACCUAUUUUGGAGAAUUUGGUGACUCUUGUCGGUAAUGAUGGCAUUUACAGCAUUUGGCAUUUCCCCUUUUUCAGCUCAGUUAUCAUAUAAUGCUUCCAAGCUUUACUAGUUCCUCUGUAAGUCAUUUCAAUUAUGCCAGGAUAUUUGAUGAUUUCGUUUAUUUAGAAUUAGGUAACAAUGCUAAUUAUGCUAUCCUUAUGCUUGAAAGAUUAAUCUUACAACUUAAACAUAAGCUUUAGUUAUAUUUGGGUGUAAUCCUUGGCUAAGUAACCAUUAAGACUAGUAGCUAACACUUGGAAGGAGGCUAACUAGGAUUGGGAAUACAUAUCUCAACUUGAAAAACCAAAUAGUGCUAAGGGACCCAUAGGGUGAUCAGACCUGUGACCUUGGCCUCAUUUGUAUCUUGUUUUAACUGAGGUGAUCAGGCGCUUAGUACCCUAGAAAUGGACUGGAAUUAUUGACUCUUACUUCUGUAACAUCACAAUCUUCCUGGUUUUCAGAAUAAAGUCUUUUUGUGCUUUAUGUGCUCUAUAAUAAAAUGUUUGACUAAUUUAUAUAAUAGUAUUUGUCAGCCUGUACUUUUUUUUUAACCCAUGACCUAGUCCUAGACAUUUUUUUCUUUUUAUUCUGUUCUGAAGCAAGCUCUCGUUUUUGCCUUCCUACCAAAUUGACAGAAUGGGCAGACACAGGAGCCAUAUUGCCAGUUUCACAGAAAUGUUACUUGAACUAUUACUUUCCCUUCUUGCCCAGGAUUUGUCUGUAAGCAUUCAAAUUGUUUUGAAUUUCAUUUUGCCUUCUUUAAGUUAGAGGUAUUUAAUGACUGAAGACUGGCGGGAGAGAAAGUAUCAAAAACUGAGUAAACUAUUCUUGAGGGGUUUUGUUUCUAAAACAGCAAUUACUGAAAAGAUGUUCUUUGAAACUUGAUUUAUAUAUUUUUACUUGCAAAAGAAAAUGCUGUGUUUUGAGUAUGAAAAUAUGAUUGGGUUUGUUUUGGGAACCACUGACUGAUGCCAUAAUUUGCACUUAAAGACUAUAAAUUACAUAGCCUUACUUUAGCACUAGAAACAGUCAAUUGACAUCCUUUUUAUUUUGCUUUGGUAUUAAAAACUAAUUCUGACCAAA